UGUCUGGCAUCAACGCAUUCGGAAGAAUUUCACAGCGCUGAGCUGCCGCCUGUGGAGGAGGGUUUAGAAACUCGACGCAUUCGCCUGAGGUUCCGCUUCUCAACGACCUCACGAAACGGGUUAGAGAGAGAGAUUCAGGGUUUUUUUUCGCGACGCGUUUCGCGUUAGGAGUGGCGUUGGUUGCGGCGUUUCAUCCGCUGUCUUUCCACGACGAUGCUGUUCGUUUCUUCGCCCUUCAUCAGGUUAAGAUUUGGGAGGAAGCCCUAAAGCGGAGGUGGAAAUCCGAAGUUGUGCUUUUCGGACGAGACCGUCUGCCGCUGUCUCGCCCCUGCUACAGCCUCCUUCGUUCUCGCUUUCCCACCCCCCGCUCCUCUUGUCACCAUGCCUCCGAAACUAGACCCCUCUCAAAUCGUGGAGGUCUAUGUGCGCGUCACCGGAGGAGAAGUGGGUGCCGCCUCGUCGCUUGCGCCGAAGAUCGGACCCCUCGGGUUGUCUCCAAAGAAGGUCGGAGAAGAUAUCGCCAAGGAAACGGCGAGGGACUGGAAGGGUUUGAGAGUUACAGUGAAGCUUACGGUGCAGAACCGACAGGCUAAGGUAGCUGUUGUGCCGAGCGCUGCCGCUCUGGUGAUCAAGGCUCUGAAGGAGCCCGAGCGCGACAGGAAGAAGGUGAAGAACAUCAAGCACAACGGCAACAUCUCUCUGGAUGAUGUGAUCGAGAUCGCGAAGAUCAUGGCACCGAGGUCGAUGGCGAAGGAGUUGGCAGGCACGGUGAAGGAAAUUUUGGGAACAUGUGUGUCAGUAGGGUGCAGUGUGGACGGCAAAGACCCGAAGGACCUGCAAGCAGAGAUUGAUGAUGGUGAGGUAGAGAUUGCGUCGGCUUAGGGUGGAGAAGGUGUAUAAUCGGAACGGUUGCAAAUACAAGCAUGCGUUGCACACGAGAAGGUGUGGAUUGGUGGUGAGGGCGUGGUUUUGAAUGAGAUUGAUGUUGUGGGUGGUGGUGUGGCAUGUGAGUGUAUUGUGUGACGGAAGACGUGAAUGUUGCAAGUGGGGAGUAUGCAUGCAGAUGAUGAGUUGCAACGAGUGUAAGGGCUGGUGUAAAAACAGAAAGUGGUGGAAUGUAGUUGAGAUGAGAUUCGUUAGAAGUGAUUAGACCCUAUUCCUUGAAGUCGAGCACUCUUCUUUGUCAUCAAGUUGAAAUCAGCAGCAAUGUUUUGAAGUC